UUUCGCCUGCUUUCGUCCUCGGUUCGCUCUGCGGACACAGGACGAGGGCCGGGCAGCAGCUCAGCGCUGUGCAGCGCCUGCGGGCCUCCCCCCGCUGAAGCCGUUUCGGCACUGCGGGCGCAGCCGCCGCUUCCGGGUGCAGCCGUGCCGUGCGGUGCGGUGCCUCUGUCUCGAUUCGCAGUUCCGGGGCGGCCGAGGAUCUCGGUGCUCUCCGGGUCCGGCUCGGCCCUCCCUGCAGCCUCGGCCCCGGCCCUCGGAGCCGCGCAUGGACUUUCUGCCGCUCCUGCUGCUCUACCUGUGCCUCGUGCUCGCCGUCGCCGUGCUGUACUGCAGCCACGCGGGGAGCGGGGGCGGCCGCCUGGGCAGGGCAGCCCGCAGCGCCGGCCAGGUACUGUCAUUAGUAAUCCCCACUCGGCUCCAGAGUGUGACACAGAAGGUGCUCCUCAGGCUCUUUCACACACGAAACUAUUUGUUUGUUGUCCUGCACAUAGCCUUGCAAGCAGCAGUUUAUGCUGAAUACACAUGGGAAGUGUUUGUUUACUGCUGGGAACUGGAGUUCCACCUUGUGCUGCUGCUGCUGCCCUACCUGCUGCUGUUUGGGAACAUGGGCUGCUUCAUUCUGUGCUCCUGUGCCAAUCCUGGUAUAAUAACAAAAUCAAAUCAUGCAUCACUGAUGAAGACUUAUGCGUAUGAUGGUGUAUUAUUUCAGAAAGGCAUUGUGUGUGCUACAUGCAACGUGGAAAAGCCAGCCAGAUCAAAACAUUGCAGUUUCUGUAAUAUCUGUGUGCACCGUUUUGAUCACCACUGUGUGUGGGUCAACAACUGCAUCGGUGCCUUCAAUGCAAAGUAUUUCUUCCUCUACCUCUUCACACUGACUGUGAUGGCUGCGACCAUUGCAGUCAUCACUACAGCAUUUCUCAUCCAAGUGGUGCUGCUGUCAAAUAUGAUGCACGGGAGUUACAUUGAUGACCAAGGACAGCAGCAUGCUGUUGAGAUUUUCUUUCUCAUCCAGCACCUUUUCUUGACUUUUCCUAGGAUUGUCUUCAUGCUUGGUUUUGUUAUUCUUCUCACACUUAUACUGGGUGCAUACUUCUGUUUCAACCUAUACUUGGCCUUAACCAACCAAACUUUCAAUGAAUGGUACAAAUUCAGAAGAUACAGGCAUUCCCAUCAUCGAACACUGCAGCCUUGUGACAGAAAAGUUGUCUACAAAAACACUUAUGCUAAAGGAGUCUGGAUGAAUUUAAAGGAAAUCUUUAAGUCUCAUGCAGUGCUGGAAAGAAAGAAGAAAAAAUGAAGAUAAAACUCUUUAUUGCAUUGUUAUUUUUUUUACUUUUUGUAAAACGUGCUUUGAUACCAUGGGGAACUUUGUUCAGAUAAGAAAAAAAAACCAAUUUCAAUUAGUUGGAAACUUCUCACGUGAUCAGUCUUCCAGAAGGAAAAAGCUGAAGCUCCUGCAAGUUUGUCUGUAACACUGCUCAGAUCAGCUGUGAAAGCAACGUGUUUUCGUCUUCUCAGACAUAUCUGCAGUCCAGAAGCUUGCUGUACUCGAGUUAGGUUCAGCUAAGGUACAUCAUGUACACAGAAAAUGAUUUUAUAUAUAUGGUUACUGUUUGUAUGCUGCAAAAUAUAUUCCAUGGUAUAAUUGGCAAA